AUGAAGGGGAGGAAACGGAGGGAGGAGGCGGUAGGAGGAGGGGUGGACGGGUGGGACGAGGACGAGGCUCUGGACGAUGCAGAUGCCGGGAUGUCGAUCCUUGGUACCCUUGUCUACGAGGAGGAGGGCGAGGCGAAGACGACCAAGGCGUACAAGAACCUGUUGAAGAACCCUGGGGAACAGCAGCAGGAAGUCGCGGACACCGACCCGAAACGAAGAUUCCAUGGGGCGUUUACGGGAGGUUUUUCGGCCGGCUAUUUCAACACGGUGGGGUCGAAAGAAGGAUGGACUCCUUCCACGUUCGUGUCGUCGAGGUCCAACAGGGCCAAGUACAACCAGCAGAAGAAGGAAGACUUCAUGGACGCCUCGGACCUGGCGGAGCAGGGCGAUGGAAAGGAUAUACAGACGACCGAAGAGUUUGCUGGGCUGGGAGGGAGAUCAGCAAAGCUGCCAACCAACAUCCUUGUGCCGGAUGAGCUUCUAGAGCCGACAAACGACUCCAUCGGGCUGAAGCUCCUCCGAAUCAUGGGGUGGAAGGAUGGGCAGGGGGUGGGUCCGAGGAAGCGGAAGAACAGGACGGAGGACGAGGAGGAGAAAGGAGGGGAGAAUGAAGAUGUACAGAUCAGUCAGACCUACAAGGACUUCAAGUUCGCCCCCAAGGACGUGCAGAUCUUUGAAGCAGAUGUGAAGGGAAAUUUCUAUGGUCUGGGUUUCGACCCUCUAGCCGCCACCCCAGAGUUUGCUGGGCUGCUGAAUGCGGCGAGCGCCAACUCGAGCAAGGAAGAGCCUCCGAGCAAUCGCGUUAUGCUGGGCUCGUUCCAGACGAAGAAGAAGCAGACUAUGGACGAAGGGGCAGAAGGGAUGGAGGAAGACGGUUGCUGCUAUUCUGUUCGUUCUUGCGGAAUGUUUGACGGGUUUGCAGAUGGUGGUUGGAAGAGGGAGUACGACACGACGUUGGGAGAGGAUGAGGGGGAGGAUGAGGAGGAGGCCAUGAUGCAUGCUAUGCGACAGCCCAAGAAGAAAAGCAAGCAGGCGAUGGAGAAGCCGAAGAUCGCAAUCCCUGCGUUCCAGUCGAAGCUCGUCUGCUCAGAUGGACGAAAGCCGAUCCCUGGCUUCGAGCUCGCGACGGAUCCGCCGAAGGAGAAGAAGCGCUACGACCCCCCUAAGAUCCCUGAGGGCUUCACGCCGCAUCAUGUCUGGCCGGAGCCGCUGAAGGGGAUGGAGGACGCGCCCAAGACGGUGCCCAAGAGCUUUGAGGAGUGCAACAGCGAGCAGCUGUUCGCCCUCGCCAAGGGCAAGAGCUCGACCAAGGAGGAGGCGGUGCGGCACACUGCCAAAUCGCGAGGAGAGAUCCUUGGCGAGGCUCCACUUCCCUCCCGGAAGGAGGAGGAUCUCCAGCAGACCUACGCACAGCGCGCAGCCUUCGCUAUUGCGAGCAGCGCGAUGAGCGAAGAGCACACGAGGAAAGUUCAGGCAAUGCUCGGAUCCAAGUUUGCGAGGUCAAGCGAGGCAGGAGAAGGAGGGGACAGCUCCUUCAAGCCCUUCAGCCAUGACCCCGCCAAGCAAGCGAGAUACGAGGCCUACCUCAAGGUCUCCUCACCCGCUCCCUGUCGUUGUCUUGACGAGUUGAGGAUGACGAGAACGACUGCGAUCAGGAUACUUGUCUUUUGA